AUGCAGCUUUCCAGCCUACGGUGUGCGAUGGAGGAGGCGCUUCUGACCAAUAGGUACGGUGCUGGCCAACAGGUAUGGUGCUGGCCAACAGGUACGGUGCUGGCCAACAGGUACGGUGCUGGCCAACAGCCCCCCUCCACCCUUUCCCAGCCUCCCCUCCUCCCCUCCCUCCUCCCCCUCGCCCCCCUCUCCCUGCCGUCUGCUCUCCUCCCCUCCCUUCCCCACCUCUUCCUCUCUUUUGAUAAGCCGAUUCUUAUGCGCUUCAUCUCCUCUUCCCCUCCUCCCCCCCCCUCUUUUGAUAAGCCAACACACAAGAAGUGCCCCGAUUCCCCUUACCCCCACUCUCUGCAUCACUCCAUCAGAGUGAACACAUCCCAAACGGAAAUGCUUUUAGAGGAUCUCUUCGACCUUAAAGCCAUCAUCAAGGCUUUGCCCAAGGGUAUCGUCUUUGCUGACUCGGACGACUGGAAACAGACGCUCGCCGCCGCCCAAGACGCGCAGACCCUGGCGGACGCUCGGAAGAAGAAUCCUCCUAAGAAGGAAGGAGAUGAGGGAGGGGUAGGGGGAGAGGAGGAGGAGGAGGACGAGACCCCGGCACAGUAUUUGGUGGUGGAGGAUGGGAGUGUGAGUUGGAGGGAGCUUCGGGACGUGCCUGAUUAUGCCGAGGCUAAGAUUGUGCAUCGGAAGGAUGACCGGCCCUGGAGGAGGGUGUGUGCGACGCGGUUCAACGGCACAGCAGUGAUCUACCACGGCCCGCCCUUUGCCAAAUACAUCCGUGACCUUGCCAUGCAGUUGUCUGAGAAGCUAGGCCAUUUUGUCUUCCUGCAUGUGCGCCGCCACAACACAGACAUCAUGAGGGACGAUGCGUCGUACCUGCGCUGCCGGCACCUCGACCGCGACACUCGCGUGCCGGCCAUCCGAAGGCACAUCUGGCGGCUCAUCCCCGAGAACAGCACCCUCUACAUCGCCACGGAUGAGGUCAACCCAGGGUUCUUCUCGGGCCUCAGGCAGUGGUAUGACAUUCGCCUUGCUCGGAGCUUUGACCACAUCCUCAAAGGCAAGGUCACCAACAAUUAUCAGGUGUUUGCAAUCGAGAAGCACCUCUCCAAGUUUGCGUCGUUCUUUGUAGCCACGUUCUGUGAUGAGGCCGACUCCUAUGGUUGGCUUGGCCUCCAUGCUUUCUACUGCCUAUGCCAAGACUACCAAGAAGGUAGACGUGCGCAAACAAUCAAGGACACAUCAGCUGGGUGA